AUGGCCACCAUCAAGCCCAUCGAGGGCCGUUCCAUCCACCAGAUCCAGAGCGGUCAGGUCAUUGUCGACCUCAACUCGGUCGCCAAGGAACUGGUCGAGAAUGCGCUGGAUGCAGGCGCAACCGCAAUCGAGGUCCGCUUCAAGAACAACGGCCUGGACUCGAUCGAGGUGCAAGACAAUGGCUCCGGCAUUGCCCCGGAAGAUUUUGACCAUCUAGCACUGAAGCAUUACACCUCCAAGUUGUCCUCAUAUGAUGAUCUCGGCUCCUUGCACACAUUUGGCUUCCGAGGUGAGGCUCUCUCUUCGCUAUGUGCCCUCUCCAGAUUCCAUAUCAUCACAGCUCGUGCCGCCGACGGCCCCAAAGGGACCAAGUUGGAGUUCGACCCUUCGGGGAAGCUAAGAGGCACCUCAGUUGUGGCAGCCAAGCAAGGGACCACUGUCGUCGUAGAAAGUUUGUUUUACAAUCUUCCCGUCAGGCGGAAGGAGCUCGAAAGGACGAUAAAAAGGGAGUACAAGAAGGUGCUCAACCUACUGCACGCCUACGCUUGUAUCAGCGUCGGGGUCAAGUUCACAGUGAGCAAUCAGAUUCCCAAAGGGAAGAAGACCGUGGUCUUCGCCACCCAGUCGAACCCAAAUAUACGAGAAAAUAUUGCCAAUGUCUAUGGAGCGAAGACGUUGCAGGCUUUGAUCCCUCUCGACCUCCACUUCGAGAUGAACCCGUCCAAGAGGCCAGGAUCGACUCAAAGCGCUCCGAAUCGGAGCACGCCAGCGGAUGAAGCGUCGAGGGGAGUUAGAAUUGUGGGUUACAUAUCGCGCCCGGUCCACGGAGAGGGGCGACAGAAUCCAGACCGCCAAAUGUUCUUUGUGAAUACGCGUCCCUGCACCCUCCCUCAGGUUGCGAAAGCCUUCAACGAAGUCUACAAGUCCUUCAAUAUUGCCCAGUCGCCUUUCAUUUGCGCCGACAUCAAGCUCGAUACGAAUGCUUAUGAUGUUAAUGUGUCCCCAGAUAAGAGAACCAUUCUGCUGCACGAUCAGUCAGCGCUGUUAGAGAGCUUGAAGAGUGAGCUAUUGCAGCUCUUCGAGGCCCAUGAUCAGAGCGUUCCCCAGGCCCAACUUCCAGAUAAGAGACUCCCUGCUUUCAGCGUGUCCCCUACCCGUCAGCAAGAGAGCGGCGAACUUGGAGCCGUGGAAUGCUUCGGCAUGCCCGAACACAAGGCCGCUGAUUUGCAGUCCUCUGCAGAGCCUGCCACCUCCCAGGCAAGUCUUGUCGGCAUUCUUUUACCUGGAUUCGUCAAGGCCAGCUCGCUCGAACAGUUCGUCGACAGAGACACUGGCGAACGCGCUGGCCAACCCUUCGCCUCCGAAAGCAGAGACCAAACUAGAGAUUGCUCCAUUUCUUCCGACGGCGAAAACCCCUUAUUUGAAGAGGCACGUCCGCCUGGCAGACAGCCUUCCCCCUCUUUUGAGCCCCAGCCAGAGUCGCCAGGAGAUUCGCUUCCGCUUCUCAGAGGUGCAGAGUACUUCAAACCGAGAUUCUCAUCUCAGUUAGGGAAGCAGACAAGUCGUACUACCGCACGGCCAGGGCCCGAAGCCGAGGAUAUACCUGCAGUAAUACAGACCUCCCAUAAGCGGUUCUCUCAAAGCACAAUCCAGUAUGCAUUCGACCGCAUGCGGCCCAUGCGGGUCCCAUCCCAGCAAGCUACCAUCACCAUAGGCGAUACCACUACGGUGGCAACAAUCGGUAGUCCGUCACGAGCGUCGAAAACACCGCGCGUGGAGGGGUGGGGUGCAUCUUCGGAAGAAACUCAAACCAAGCUGUCAAAAAGGCCAAUGUUGGUGCCAAGUCUGCGUCAUUUUGCCGCUCCGGGGACACAAUUAGGACAGGAUGAGGAAGAGCAAACCGAAGAAGAUGAUGGUCAAGGAGGACCUUAUCUCAGCAUACCGGAUGCGAGCACAUCACGUCCACCUUCACCGGAACGAAUCGAGAUGUCACAGCUGGACAUACGAGCUCGUAGCGGACGGUCCAGUUUACAAGCUUCCCCAUCCGACGAGCAGGACGACGUAAGCGAAGAGGAGCAUGAACACCAGGUUGAGAUCGAACACGAGGGCGACUGGGGUGACGAGUAUAUCGACGAUACAGCAAAGAAGGCAAGGGAGGAGGCCAGGAUUGCACGGAUGAUUGCUGAAGCCGAAGAGGCUGCCGCCCGUCCCAGCGAGAUGAGCCUCAAGCGGGCCCAAAACUUCCUCCAAGCGCCGCGAAAGAGCCAUAAAACGAUAGGGCUGGUCAAAGAUAUUCAAACAUCUGUCAGUGCAAUCAAUCGACUGGUUAGCAACAUGGAGGCGGCUCUAUCAGAGGCGGGCACCAUUCCCUCUGUUGUCAACGCACCCACGAGCACACAGCUGAACACUGCCAACCCGGAGGAACGACUUUCACUGACAGUCGCCAAGUCCGAUUUCCGCACCAUGCGCAUCAUUGGGCAAUUCAAUUUGGGCUUCAUACUCGCUGUUCGACCUCCCUCAGCCGCCGUCGCUACCCCCGAUCUCUUCAUUAUAGACCAGCACGCAUCCGAUGAGAAGUACAACUUUGAGAGAUUCUCGGCAACGACAGUCCUCGUCUCGCAACGGCUGGUGCAUCCGCACCCUCUCGAACUUACGGCCAUGGAAGAGGAAACCAUCCUGAACAACGAACACGCACUCACCGUAAAUGGCUUCGCAGUCACAGUCGACACAUCGGGCGCUUCCCCUGUCGGCCAACGCGCUAAGCUCGUCUCCCUCCCCAUGUCCGAGAAGGUGACGUUUACGCCCAGCGAUCUUGAGGAGCUCCUUGCGUUGCUUGGGGAGCAUUCAUCCUCGUCACUAACCUGCGAGUCUCGAUAUAUCCCGCGGCCUUCAAAGGUGCGGAAGAUGCUUGCUAGCCGUGCUUGUAGAGGCAGUAUCAUGAUUGGAAAGACGCUCAGGAAGGCCCAAAUGGAGAAGGUUGUCCGGCACAUGGGCGAGAUGGAUAAGCCUUGGAGCUGUCCGCACGGCAGGCCAACCAUGCGGCACCUGUUUGGGUUGGACCAGUGGCAGGCGUGGGAGGAAGGGAACGGAGUGGCGGGAUUGGGAGAGGCCGGGGAACGGACGGAUUGGGUUGGAUACCUGCGCGAAAGGCGAAGGGAGCGGAGAGGGAUCGACAGUGAAACGAGCGACUAUUGA